CUCCCAUUCCAUUUUCGAUAGUUCAACAUUACUUGCGUACAAAUUUACUUUACAAAUAAAUACCUUCAACUAUAAAUGACAAACUCCAUACUGAGCUUGAAGCUUUUGGUCAACAAAAAAGAUCGCAAAAUCGUGUUUGCUGAAGCAAACAAAGACUUCAUUGACUUCCUCUUUUACAUGCUCACAUUACCUAUCGGCGCAAUCAUGAAGCUUCUCGCAAAUGAGACCUUAUUGGGCAGCCUAGGAGAUCUUUAUCAAAGCAUCGACAACCUAAACGACGUGUAUAUCUUACAAAACAAGACCAAAGACACUGUUUUGAACCCAAAACUAUCUACCCAUGUUCCUCAUCUACAAGAUCUCCUCUUAUUACCAAUCGAUCCUCCGACCACCAUGGAAAGAAAGUUUUAUAGAUGUUCGGCCUCUAACCACCGUUGCAGACAUGUCACCGAUGAGCCAAAGACCGUGUGCCCUAAUUGUCGGUAUCCCAUGUCGGAGGAGGUGGCUUAUGUUGGUCCAGAUACGUAUAAGGUGGCUGCAAUAGUGUCGGCCAGAGAAGUUGGUUUUGUGAAAGCGGUGGUGACUUAUAUGGUUAUGGAUGAUCUAUCCGUGAAACCUAUGUCCACCAUUUCCACCAUAACUUUGCUCAAUAGAUUGUGUAUCAAAGAUGUUUGUGUUCUUGAAGAAAAGGAAGUCCAUUUUGGAAUUGCAGAGGGUUUAAAGCUACUAAAAGCCUCGCUGGAAUGCAAGAAUGUAUUAACUCGUGUAUUCCUCGACUCUGAAGAUCAUGUUGAAAUUGUUUGAACAAAGAUGUAUUAUAUAUGUAUAUAUAAAACCUUGACGACUAAUAGUUUAUCUCAUGUGAAUAAUUAGACUCCAUUUCAUAAACCUUCAAGCACAUUGACAUAUUUGCUCUGUAUGACUAUAUGUCGUGUUAAAUACAAAAAUGAACAUGUAUGUGAUACGUUAUAUAUACUCCGAGUUAACGAUGU